AUGGCACGACUCAGACUUAUCCUCCUUCAAAUUUGUAUUCCCAUCGUUGUCGGUUCCUGCCUCGACCACGAUGAACGGAUUGCAGCCCUCAAUGUCUCGCUUAAUGGCAUGCUGAGAACAUCUCGGCCCUUUGCGGCGCCUUGCUUUUCAUCCUUCGAGGGCAAGCCCCAACCAGUCGAUGAAGAAGCAUGUCUGGCCGUCCGAGAUAACUAUACAACCAACGCAUUCCGGGUGGAACAAGCUGCUGCUUUUAUGAAUAAUCAAAACGAAAUGUGCGUCUCUGACCCAGCGGACCAAUGCAUACUCGACAAUACCGUGACGCCCGCCGGCCUUCCGCCGAGCAAUGCCACCUGCCGCCGUGGCAAUAUACCAGAUUAUUACGUCGAGGUGACGGACGCGCAGGAUAUCAUCAGUGUCUUGAGCUUCUCUAAUGCAUACGGGUUUCCCUUGAGCAUUAAGAAUAGUGGUCAUGACUACAUGACGCGUUCUGGUGCCAAAGCCGCUGGUGGCUUAUCCUCCAUUGAGCUCUGGGUCCACAACCUCAAGGGCCUCGAGUACCAGGAAGAUUUUGUGCCCGAGGGCUGCAAUGACGGCGUAGGUCGCGCCAUCUCCGUCGCUGCGGGCGAGAGCACAGGCGCUGCGUACGAAUUCGCCGAUGCGCAAAACGUUACGAUCCUCGGUGGCUACUCGCCAACCAUUGCGUUGUCGGGGGGCUGGGUUCAGGGCGGCGGCCACAGUCCGCUCGCGCCCGUGUACGGGCUGGGUGUCGACCGUGUAGUCGAUUUCAAGCUCGUGACGCCCGAUGGCGUUCUCCGGGUAGCCAAUGCGUGUCAGAAUCCGGAUCUUUUCCGCGCUCUCCGCGGCGGCGGCGGCGGAACCUUUGGCGUCGUGCUCGAGGCCACGCAUCGGGUCGAGCCAGAGUUGCCCAUUGCUGUGGCGUCCAUCACGAUACCGAGCAACAGCACCGACGACACCGUCCUCGAGUGGAUCGGGCUCGAGGCGUCGGAAUCAUACGCGUGGGGACGGCAGGGCUGGGGAGGACACGUCGCAGGUCUGUACGUCAAGCACUUCAAUCCCAUUCCGCAGUACGCCAAUCUCAGCGAUGGCGGUGCCGCUGCGCAGGCGACCAUGCAGCGAGCCACCGACUUUGCCCUUGCACACGGUGGGACGAGCAUUGUCGAAGUCGUUCCUAACUGGCUGGCGGCGUGGAACAAGUACGUUGUUCCGGGAGCGCUGAACAGCGCGGGCCAAGCCCGGUUUCUCACCAGUCGAUUGGUGCCCACGGAAGCCUUGUCCACGGAUACCGGAGUACAAGACGUUCUCGCCUUGAUCGACUAUUCGAUAAGUCUGGGCGCCCAACCCAAAAGCUUCUACGUGCCAGUCUCCACGCCGUUUGUGGCACAAGAUGUGCCAGCGGGGCGGCGGUCCGGGUCAGGAGGCGCCUAUAGUACCGGGACCUCUGUGACCCCGGCGUGGUAUUCCGCAAUCUGGAGUCUGUCGUCGGGUUGGAGUCUAGGCUGGAACUCAACGGUCGCCCAGAGGCUCGAGUCGUUUGUCAAUCUCACAAAAAUAACUCAAAGAUCCGAGCAGCUUUACCCGGACAGCGGCUCCUACCAUAACGAGGCCAAUCCCUUCACGCCGGAUUGGAAGACGGCGUGGUGGGGCGACAACUACGAAUUCCUGCUCGACAUCAAGAAGCGGUACGAUCCCAACAACAUAUUGAAGUGCUGGAAAUGCGUGGGGUGGGAUGAAGAGCCUGCUGCGUCGGUCGGGCCUAGUUAUGACUUCAAAUGCCUGGCUGAAUUACAGGACAAGAUUGAUCAGACACUUUCGGCAGAGUAG